AUGACCGCUACAAGAAUUGAGACCGACGCUUUUGGAGAAAUCCAUGUCGACGCCUCCAAAUACUGGGGUGCUCAGACCCAAAGAUCCCUUCAGAACUUCGACAUUGGUGGAGCUGCCGAACGUCUUCCUGUUCCUUUGAUUCGCGCUUUCGGGGUCCUCAAGAAAGCUGCUGGUAUCGUCAAUGCCACUUAUGGCCUCGACCCAACCAUCGCCAACGCCAUCCAGACUGCUGCCCAAGAAAUCAUCGAUGGUAAGCACGACUCUGAAUUCCCAUUGGUGGUAUUCCAAACUGGUUCCGGUACCCAAUCCAACAUGAAUGCCAACGAAGUCAUCUCCAACAGAGCCAUCGAAUUGUUGGGAGGAGAAAAGGGUUCCAAGAAACCAGUGCACCCAAACGAUCAUGUCAACAUGUCCCAGUCUUCUAACGACACUUUCCCUACUGUGAUGCACAUUGCCAUUGUUGGAGAAAUCGUCAAGAAAUUGAUCCCAUCGAUCACCGAGUUGAGAGAUGCGUUCCAAGCCAAAUCCGAGGAGUUCUCGAAAAUUAUUAAAAUUGGUAGAACACAUUUACAAGACGCCACUCCUUUGACUUUAGGUCAAGAGUUUUCCGGGUACGUCCAACAAUUGACCUUUGCCAUCCAAAGAAUCGAAUCGACUCUUGAAAGAAUGAAGAAUUUGGCCCAAGGGGGUACUGCCGUGGGUACUGGAUUGAAUACCAAGAUAGGGUUUGACGUGACCAUUGCCACUGAAGUCUCCAAAUUGACAGGAAUUGAUUUCAAGACCGCCCCAAACAAAUUCGAAGCCCUCGCGGCCCACGAUGCUCUUGUGGAAUGUUCCGGAGCUCUUAAUACCGUGGCGGUAUCGCUUUUCAAAAUCGCUAACGAUAUUAGAUACUUGGGUUCCGGUCCACGCUGUGGGUACGGGGAAUUAUCGUUGCCAGAAAAUGAACCUGGCUCGUCUAUCAUGCCAGGUAAAGUUAAUCCUACCCAGUGUGAAGCAUUGACCAUGGUUUGUGCUCAAGUGUUUGGUAACCAUGCCACCGUGACAUACAGUGGGGCAUCGGGACAAUUUGAAUUGAACGUGUUCAAGCCAGUGAUGGCGAAAAACUUGUUGAACUCCAUUCGUCUUAUCGGUGACGCUUGUCGUUCUUUCAGAAUCCAUUGUGUUGAAGGGAUCAAGGCUAAUGAGGAGAGAAUCGAGAAGUUGUUGCACGAAUCAUUGAUGUUGGUCACUGCUUUGAACCCUCAUAUUGGUUACGAUAAGGCCUCGAAGGUUGCCAAAAAUGCCCAUAAGAAAGGGAUCACUUUAAAGGAGUCUGCAUUGAGCAUGGGGUAUCUUCUGGAAGAAGAGUUUGAUAAGUGGGUUAGACCAGAGAACAUGCUUGGACCAAAAUGA